UCCAGUUGUCUCUUCUUCUCCCCCAGCUGAUCCAGUUGUCUCCUCUUCUCCUCCAGCUGAUCCAGUUGUCUCCUCUUCUCCUCCAGCUGAUCCAGUUGUCUCCUCUUCUCCUCCAGCUGAUCCAGUUGUCUCCUCUUCCUCCUCCAGCUGAUCCAGUUGUCUCCUCUUCCCCUCCAGCUGAUCCAGUUGUCUCCUCUUCCCCUCCAGCUGAUCCAGUUGUCUCCUCUUCCCCUCCAGCUGAUCCGGUUGUCUCCUCUUCCCCUCCAGCUGAUCCGGUUGUCUCCUCUUCCCCUCCAGCUGAUCCAGUUGUCUCCUCUUCCCCUCCGGUUGUCUCCUCUGUUCCCCUCCAGCAGAUCCAGUUGUCUCCUCUUCCUCCUCCAGCUGAUCCACUUGUCCCCUCUUCCCCUACAGCUGAUCCAGUUGUCUCCUCUUCUCCUCCAGCUGAUCCAGUUGUCUCCUCUUCCCCUGAAUGACCCCAAGGAUGGAGAAGGACAGGAAUGAGAUGACUAAGAGAAUAUUACACUUCACCUUGGAGAUCCUCCACCUGCUGACCGGAGAGGAUUAUACCAUAGUGAAGAAGACAUCGGGGGAGUGUGUGGCCCCCAGCAGCCAUCUCCAUGAGUCAGGAGGACAGAGCAGGGCCCGGGGCCCCAUCACGGAGCCUCCACCUCACUCACUGAUACAUGAGGAGAAGAUCCUAGAACUCAUCCACAGGAUCACUGAGCUGCUUACUAGAGAGGUUCCUAUAAGGUGUCAGGAUGUGGCGGUCUAUUUCUCCAUGGACGAGUGGGAGUAUGUAGAAGGACACAAGGAUCUGUACCAGGACAUUAUGGAGGACCCCCGGACCCUCACAUCACAAGAAAAUUCAAGUAAGAACUUCGGGGGAAGUGUCUCAGUAUCACUAAUUUGUAAAGUAGAAGAGAUCAUGGAGCGCUCCUCAGGAGAAGAUGGAGAGAUCAUGGAGCGCUCCUCAGGAGAAGAUGGAGAGAUCAUGGAGCGCUCCUCAGGAACAGACCUCCUUACCUCUAAUGUCCAUCCAGGACUUCACAGGACAGAUCUAUUGUAUAAUCAUCAGGAACUUUCUCCUGACCGACCACAUAUUGUUAUCACAAGGACAGGUCGGGAUGGGAGGACGAUGUUUCAAUGUGAUGAAUGUGGGAAAGAGUUUACAAAAAGUUCCACUCUUUUCACACACAGAAAAAUUCACACAGGGGAGAAACCAAAUUCCUGUUCAUUCAGUGGAGAAGGCCAUACAGACACAUCAGAUCUUGUUAUACAUGGGAAAAGUCACACAGCAGAGAAGACAUUUAAAUGUUCAGAAUGCGGGAAAUGUUUUAUGAAGAAUUCAUAUCUUGUUUCACAUCAGAAAACACACACUGGAGAGAAGCCGUUUUCAUGUUCAGAAUGUGGGAAAUCUUUUACACUUAAAUCAUAUCUGGUUAUACAUGAAAGAAGUCACACAGGAGAGAGGCCAUUUCCAUGUGCAGAAUGUGGUAAAUGUUUUACAGAUAGAUCUAGCCUUGCUAAACAUCAUCGAAUUCACACUGGGGAGAAGCCGCAUUCAUGUUCAGAAUGUGGGAAAUGUUUUAUUACUAAAGCCAAACUAAAGGAUCAUCAGAGAAUUCACACAGGAGUGAAACCGUAUUCAUGUUCAGAAUGUGGAAAGGGUUUUAUGGAGAGAGCACGUGUUCUUAAACAUCAGAAAGUUCACACAGGAGAGAAGCCAUUUUCAUGCUCAGAGUGUGGGAAAUGCUUUAUAGACCAACCACGUCUUGAUAGACACAAGAUUAAUCACACUGGAGAGAAGCCGUAUUCAUGUUCAGAAUGUUUAAAAUGUUUUACUACGCAGGGCGUACUGAAGGCCCAUCAGAGACUUCACACAGGAGUGAAACCAUUUUCGUGUUCAGAAUGUGAGAAAUGCUUCAUCAGUAAUGCAGAUCUUGUUAGACAUAAGAUAAGUCACACCGGGGCGAAGCCAUAUCCCUGUUCAGAAUGUGGGAAAAGCUUUACAGAUAAAUCACGUCUUGCUACACAUGAGAGAAGUCACAGAGGAGAGAAGCCAUUUUCAUGUUCAGAAUGUGGAAAAUGUUUUGCAGAAAAAUCAAGGCUCAGUAAACAUCAGAAAAAUCACACCUGAGAGAAACCGUAUUCAUGUAUAGAAUGUGAGAAAUGUUUUCUGACUAAAUCGGAUCUGCUUAGGCAUGAGAGAAUUCACACUGGGGAGAAGCCAUUUUCAUGUUCAGAAUGUGGGAAAAGUUUUACAGAUAGAUCAAGCCAUAUCAAACAUAAGAGAAUUCAUACUGGGGAGAAGCCGUAUUCAUGUUCAGAAUGUGGGAAAUGUUUUAUUACUAAAGACAGACUUCGGAAUCAUCUAAGAAGUCACACAGGGGAGAAGCCUGUUUAAUACAGUGUGGUAAAUACUUUACUGAUAUAUUAAAUCUUGCUAGACAAAAGAGAGGUGACACGAUAGAGAGCUUGUUCAGAAUGUGGGAAAUGUUUUAUUACUAAAGACAGACUUCGGAAUCAUCUAAGAAGUCACACAGGGGAGAAGCCUGUUUGAUACAGUGUGGUAAAUACUUUACUGAUAUAUUAAAUCUUGCUAGACAGAAUAGAGGUGACACGAUAGAGAGUUCUUGUUCAGAAUGUGGGAAAUGUUCUACUUAAUGGUACCUGACUCUGAGCUGAUGGUUGUUUACAAAGUUAAAGUGUAUUUUGGUCUGUCUUUUGCCACAGUAUAGAUAAGGUAAAACUAAGUGUAGGUCUGGACUGCAGGAGGCGUGUGGGUUAGGUCCGGUUUGCGGGAGGCGUGUGGGAUAGGUCCGGUUUGCGGGAGGCGUGUGGGAUAGGUCCGGACCGCGGGAGACGUGCUGGGUAGGUGUGGAAGAUGUGCAGAUCCUUCCAUUAUACCUUCCUCUGUUUCGGGUUAUUAAUACUGAUACAAGGUACUGACAAAAAUAUCUAAAUGAGGCCUCUUCCCCCCCCCCCCCCCUUGUCCACAGGAGUCAGGGUUUGACCUAUAUAUUGAAGAACCCUUUGUCACUUUUCCCAGACAUUUCUUGGUGAGUUAUUAGUAGGUUUAGGGUCACUGCCACGUUGCAUUGUCUGAGCUUCAAUAUAUAUGGCUCCAAUAAUCCCGAACCGUAACGUUCCCCCCCCCCCCCAGCUGUUGUCUCUAUCAGAUUUUCCUGGUGAAAUGAUAUUUGAACAAUCUGUAAUGGGAGGAAGCAGCAGAAACCAUGGUGUUCACCAGGGUGUAUAUGGGCGAGCUGUAGUCUUGUCUGGUUGUAUUUUUGGUGGGCGGAGUUGUUCAGGGUGUAUAUGGGCGAGCUGUAGUCUUGUCUGGUUGUAUUUUUUGGUGAGCGGAGUUGUUCACCAGGGUGUAUAUGGGCGAGCUGUGGUCUUGUCUGGUUGUAUUUUUGGUGGGCGGAGUUGUUCAGGGUGUAUAUGGGCGAGGUGUAGUUUUGUCUGGUUGUAUUUCUGGUGGGCGGAGUUGUUCAGGGUGUAUAUGGGCGAGCUGUAGUCUUGUCUGGUUGUAUUUUUGGUGGGCGGAGUUGUUCACCAGGGUGUAUAUGGGUGAGCUGUAGUCUUGUCUGGUUGUAUUUUUGGUGAGCGGAGUUGUUCAGGGUGUAUAUGUGCGAGCUGUAGUCUUGUCUGGUUGUAUUUUUGGUGGGCGGAGUUGUUCAGGGUGUAUAUGGGCAAGCUGUAGUCUUGUCUGGUUGUAUUUUUGGUGGACGGAGUUGUUCAGGGUGUAUAUGGGCGAGCUGUAGUCUUGUCUGGUUGUAUUUUUGGUGGGCGUAGUUGUUCAGGGUGUAUAUGGGCGAGCUGUAGUCUUGUCUGGUUGUAUUUUUGGUGGGCGGAGUUGUUCAGGGUGUAUAUCGGCGAGCUGUAGUCUUGUCUGGUUGUAUUUUUGGUGGGCGGAGUUGUUCAGGGUGUAUAUCGGCGAGCUGUAGUCUUGUCUGGUUGUAUUUUUGGUGGGCGUAGUUGUUCAGGGUGUAUAUGGGCGAGCUGUAGUCUUGUCUGGUUGUAUUUUUGGUGGGCGGAGUUGUUCAGGGUGUAUAUCGGCGAGCUGUAGUCUUGUCUGGUUGUAUUUUUGGUGGGCGUAGUUGUUCAGGGUGUAUAUGGGCGAGCUGUAGUCUUGUCUGGUUGUAUUUUUGGUGGGCGGAGUUGUUCAGGGUGUAUAUGGGCGAGCUGUAGUCUCGUCUGGUUGUAUUUUUGAUGGGCGGAGUUGUUCAGGGUGUAUAUGGGCGAGCUGUAGUCUUGUCUGGUUGUAUUUUUGGUGAGCGGAGUUGUUCAGGGUGUAUAUGGGCGAGCUGUUGCCUUGUCUGGUUGUAUUUUUGGUGGGCGGAGUUGUUCAGGGUGCAUAUGGGCGAGCUGUAGUCUUGUCUGGUUGUAUUUUUGGUGGGCGGAGUUUUUCAGGGUGUAUAUGGGCGAGCUGUAGUCUUGUCUGGUUGUAUUUUUGGUGGGCGGAGUUGUUCACCAGGGUGUAUAUGGACGAGCUGUCGUCUGGUUGUUUUUUUUGGCGGGUGGAGCAAAGGUUUUCUGGCUCAUUUUAACAACCACUUUGGUUCGUUCUUUGUUAUCUGGAAAGUAGAAAAAUAAAUUGAUAUGUUGCUGGGGCGGCAUGAAAAUGAAACAAAAGAACCCCACAUACUCACCUGCCUCCCUCUCCAGGGCUCCUGCUGUGUAGUCCUCCGCUCCUGACCCCGCUCCGGUUACUCCGAGCUCUUCACCACAGUAAUGGCCGCUCAGCCAAUCAAUGUCUGCAGCCACUUCCCUCCUUAUCUGGGAAAUAGGACUAUAGGUGACUGGAUGACAUCACAGCAGUGCCCCGGAGGACCCACGUAGGUGAGUAUGGGGUUCUUUUCUUUUCAAGCCAUCCCAACAUAUUACAUUUUUUUUAACCUCCAGAUAACCCUUUUAAACCUUGUCCUGUGUUAGCCUCUCUGUUGCAGGGAUCGGUGCGGAGUGAUGCAGCUCACAAUGGGUGGGACAGUUUCAGAGGCAAUUGUACAACGCCCAGUGAGCUCCAUGGUUUUCUGAUGAAUGGGAGUUGUGCACAGAACCUGUUGGACAUCAUAUGGCCGGGGCCACCCCGUGGGUCACCUCCCGUCAGUCACCCCCUGUCAGUCACCUCCCAUCAGUUACCCCCUGUAAGUUAUCUCCCAUCAAUCACCCUCCCGUCAGUCACCCUCCCGUCAGUCACCCCCCCAGUCAGUCACCCCCCGUGGGUCACCUCCUGUCAGUCACCCCCUGUCAGUCACCUCCCAUCAGUCACCCUCCCAUCAGUUACCCCUAGUCAGUUAUCUUCCAUCAAUCACCCUCCUAUCAGUCACCCCCCGUCAGUCACCCUUCCGUCACC